AUGCGCCAGGAUGCGAGGCCCCGUCGUGCAAAAAGAAAAGAAAAAACUGACGAGCGAGGGCAGUCUCGCUACGAGGACGAGAUUAGGAGAACCCACGCCCCAGCCGCCAUCGCCGCCGCCGAUCCCUUCGCCGUCGCCGAUCUAUUCGCUACGGCGCGACGGAAACCACGCCCUAGCCGCCAUCGCAGAUCCCUUUGCUGCCGCCGAGGUCCUGGAGGAGCCGCCGCCACCUUCAUUGCGGACCUCCAGGUCGCCGUCGGGACACCGCGGCAGAGGUUCGCCACGGCCGCCGUCGAGUUCCGAGAGGGGCAUGACCCCAGGGAGAUCUUCGUCGGGGUUGCCGCCGCCGCCGACGUCGCCUGCCGAAGGUGGGCUAAACCUCUCGUCCUCUGGCGACGAACAUCGCCUCCCGCUAGGGUAUGCGGGCGACAAUCGUUACUCAGCGCCAGCAGGUCGCUGCCCCGUCCUCCAAUUGACAAUGGUAGCAUGCUUAUGCCUUGGGGCAUGGUGUCGCGGGUAGAGUGUGUGCUGCCAUGGCUGAACGAAGCAGCAGUCGGCUGUGCACACUGUCUGACUACUAUUGAUGUUGGUCUUUCAUGUAGGCUUGCCUUCAAAUAUCACGGCAAGGUAUGUGAUUUCUUAUACUGUAACAGACUGUACAAGUUCACUCUCAUAUACAAGGACCAUGAAAUUGGAUUGUGGCAUUACUUCAACUAUUUUAUGAAGUCCACUGAUUUUUUGAUGAAUAACUAA